AUAGAUACUGUAAGGUGUCGUCGUAUCUAUAUGGAAAACAAUGCCACCCGUUUCUAUUGAAAACAAAACAAUUAGAUAUCUGUCAAGUCGAAACCGAGUCAUUAUUUAUCGAACCUGUUAAUAGCAUUUCGCAAUAAAAGUGUGCAUAAGUGAAUUAUCAGUUCAUUUAUUUGGAGUAAAUCAAAAACAGUGCUGCCAGGAAUGGGGGCUACAGAGUUCCAUGAAACAAGUUACAGUCGAUUGGUGUAUAGCGGAUUUUAACUUAAUCUCAUAGGUCAAAGGGAAAUUUUUCAAGAAUGCGACAGCCUGAUGACAAAUUCUUAAUAAACAAGACAUGCAGUUCUUCAAUGUUCGCAACUUUCUCCUCGACAUACUUUUUCAGUGAUGACAGAACUUUGUAAUGUUAAUACAUCUUACUGGACACCAUCUUUUGGCAGGUCUGCCCUGAGGCAAAGUGUUUCAUGUAUUUGGUUAAUGGACCACCAUCAUAUAACUUAAAUACUGAAAAGAAAUCCAAAUAAACAAUGCUAUGUCUUUAUGAGGGUUGUGAUAUCCUUUCUAGAGGUACAUACAGUCCAGUACCAAACUAUGGAACAUGUGGUGAACUCAGUUGACAUGUGUUCAAAGGGAUAAGGCUUAAUCUAUCAUUCAUUAAAAAAAAAUAUGGUUAAAUAUUGACCCUUUUGGCUUAAGAAAUUUAUAUUGGGCUUCAACAUUUUCCUCAUGAAAACGCAUACAAUUUCAAAAAAGGCAAGAUUUUGGUCAUACAUGUAGCAAGGCAAAUUUGGCGAAAGAAAAUUAUGAACCAGGGGAAGCCCUCAGUGAAAUCCUCUGUCUCAAAGAAUGUCGUCAUGACAAUCACUGCUAGGCAUCCAGUAUAACCAACUCAACCGUGAUGGCUAGAGUGGAAGAUGUGCCCCACCCGAUGGGGCCGGUGAUUCAGGUGCGAAGUCGAUGGCACUAUCUACGUCAACGGUUGAAGAAACGUGGUGUUGUGGAGGUAGAUUCUUCCCACCCAAGCUCCGACAUGUUGUCAGCCAUGCAGGCUGCCUUCAAUAAAGUCUUUAACGAGCAUCCUGAGGGACAUGGAAAGGAAGAGAUUCGUAUGGAAGACGUAGAACAGAUAAUCAAGUUUGAUGUGCAGUCUAAAAAUGGGAAGACAUACACCUUCUGCAGCUAUGCGAGCCCGGUGUUUGCAAGAAUGAGACGCGCAGUGGACGUGCCCGAGGAAGACUUUGUUGCCAGCCUUGUGUCUAGUCAGAGUCCAUACCUUGAAUUCAUCAGUAACUCGAGGAGUGGACAGGACUUUUAUUUUACGAAUAACCAAAGAUUCAUACUCAAAACAGACCAUCAGCAUUGUAUACAGUUUUUCCUUGGCAUAUUGAGGACCUACUUGACUCAUUUUCUUGUGUAUCCACAUUCAUUACUAGUGAAAUUUCUGGGCAUUUACUCAAUCAAAACUACAGCAACUAGAAAGAAAUACUUCCUGGUGAUGCAGAGUAUUUUCUACCCGACCAUUCGCCUGGAGGAGAGGUUUGACAUCAAGGGUUGCCUGGCCAACCGAUACCAAGAUCCCAAUCCACCUGGUAAAAAGACAAUCAUCGUACUGAAGGACCAAAAUUUUCAGGAGGAAAAAAUAGAGUUAGGGGCACAGAAAAAGUGGUUUCUAACCCAGCUGAGGGCGGACGUGGACUUCCUGAAAGGUAUCGAGGUGCAGGAUUACAGUCUGCUGCUGGGACGACAUCCACUUCACACUGGCGAGAAAAGGCUGUCUGUGGGGAAUCUUGUGAUGCGUGUGCAGAAGUCGUUUGGCCAUAAGCUGGAUCCUGAUACAGACGUAGACAACGACCAUCAAGGAGAAACUCCUGGGAAAACUCCUUCAGAAUCAAGGGUUCAGACAAGUACUGGAACAAGGGUUCAGACAGGUACUGGAACAAGGGUUCAGACAGCUGAAGGAAACCACAACGAUAUGGAAAUGGAAGUCGUGUUGAAAACUCCGACCUCCAAAAGUGCAUCCUCAACGAAAUCAAAAACAGUCCGAGGUUUAGAAGAACGCAUGAUUCGGAGUCGUUCUCAAAGGAAAAUAAGUUUCUUGCAUUCACUCUCAGACAGUGAGUAUUUGGACAAUUCUGGGUACAAGCUCAAGAACAGAAGACUGUUGCUUAACAACGAAAACUGUCUGCACAUAAUUGACGGCGAACAAUAUCGGUACUAUGUUGGAGUGAUCGAUUUCUUCACUGUGUUCGGUUGUCGACAACAGGUUGCAAAGAUCUUGAAAGACAUAAAGAACUGUUGUGGGAGCCAUUCUUCCGUUCCACCUGAGGUUUACGGAGAAAGAUUUUUUGAGUUUAUUAAGGAAAGGGUUGUUUGAUCAAGGGUUUGUAGAUUAGUAGUGUGUUACAUUUUUGAUCCAGGGUCUGUAAUGUGAUAUUACCUUAUUGGUAAUUUGUUUAUAAAUGUGAUUUGUUUUGCAUCAAAACUUGUAUUGAGUUUUAUUUCACUUGAAUACUUACAUUGAAUUGUUGGCUAAUUAUAGGUGAUUGUCAUGAAAUAUUGUUGGAAGUUUAGUUAGGCAUCUUGUUAUAGGAACCAAUGUCCUGGCUGUCUGUCAAUUGCAGGAACUGAAGUUCAGACAGUCAAAAUUAAGUUGGAACAAAUUUUCUGUUAUGUCAAAAUAACUUAAGAACAAUCGCCAUGUUGUAAAAAUAACGUUUGAACCAAUGUCUGCCUGAGUCAAAAUUAGCAUAGGAACUCAUGCUUGGGAUUACCUUCAAAUACAUAGAUGUAAUAUAAAUCACACGAAAUGGAUUCUGAACUUUGACCAUAAACAUAUUUACAAUAAAGAGAGGCAAUGUC